AUGGCUCAGUUUGACCCUGUUCUCAAAGAACAUAUUGCGAAGGUGCAAGGAGGUGCCAGUCAUACAUCCUACCUAGGCAAUAUUAUUCAAGAAAAUGAGUUUAUUGACUGCAUCAGUAAGAGGGUUGUGGAGUGCAUGACACACGGUGGGGAGAGUCGAAUCAACAGUGUUGAGGUUGUAAGAUUCCAGGCUGCAAAAGUGAGAGAUGCUCUUUUAGAGGUGAGAGGAAGCACUGCAGAUCCAGCUAUUAAAAUUGAAGCACAAGCCUUAGCAGAAGAGGUGGGAUCAUACCGGUUCUCUAUUUGUACGGUGGUGUGGUAUGAUAUCCUUAAAAAAGUUCAAACUGUGAAUAAACUUCUGCAAUCACAAUGCAUGCAACUGGAUGUAGCUGUUGACAUUCUCAAGAAGGCUGAAACCUCCCUUGUUAGCUACAGAGACACUGGGUUUGCUGAUGCCCAGACAUCUGCCAAAGAGAUAUUUGAGGAGAUGAAUGCGGAAGCUGCUCUUAAGCAGAAAAGACUCUGA